CGAUGUAAGAACUAGCACCGUGUCUUGAUUUCUCGGGAUAUUCUUAUCUGGUACGUCACGACAGCAGCGACGUGGUUUUGCCUGUCCGCCACUAAGAGCGCGUGCGUCGCCCAUUGUUUCUCGGCGUCACCGCCAGGGAGCAGCGACGAACGCCGAGACGUACUGAUUCAGGCAAAGUGGAUCUGCAGUGGAUCGACAGCCAUGGCCAUGAGGUGGGCGACGCAGUGGGGGGCAGCGAUCCGCUCGGCGGUGCCAGCACAUCCACCGCGUACUCGGUUCGUCUCCACGUCAUGGGCGCACUGCCGGAGAUGGCGCAGCAGCGGCGGCGGCGGCGACGGCGGCGCCCCUCGUGUCAGCUACUGGCACCAGCCGGGCUCGGAGGCCCUGAAGCCGCUCACCGUCGGGCAGCUGGUGGAGCAGGCGGCGCAGCUCUGGCCAGAAGGGGAGGCCCUCGUUGACCGACUUGCUGCAGCAUUAAUGGAACUAGGUUUGGAACCUGGAAGCAGAAUUGGUAUAUGGGGUCCAAACUCUAGUGAGUGGUAUAUCACGAGUUUGGCUGCAUCACGUGCAGGACUUAUAUUGGUUACAAUCAAUCCAGCAUACCAAGCUUCUGAACUUGAGUACUGUCUUCAAAAAGUAAGAAUUAAGGCACUUGUAGCAGCAGAGAACUUCAAAUCUCAACAUUACUACAACAUGGUGCAGAGCAUAGCUCCAGAAUUAAACUCUAAUGAACCAGGAAUGUUAAGAUGUGAAAAAGUGCCUAGUUUAACUUCUGUAAUCAUUAUGAGUAAUAAUAAGUAUCCCGGUGCAUUUCGUUUUUCUGACGUCUCAAAUAUUGCUUCUGAAUCAACUGUAAAUAAAGUCAGAGAACUACAAUCUAGUAUUCAGCCUGAUGAGCCAGCUAACAUUCAAUUCACAUCUGGUACCACAGGAAAACCCAAAGCUGCAGUUUUGUCACAUCAUAACAUUAUAAACAAUUCAUAUUUAGUUGGGAAAAGGUUCAAUUUUAACUCUUCUAGUCGAAUUUGUUUGCAAGUUCCUCUAUUUCACUGUUAUGGAUUUUGCAAUGGGUUGUUGGCAUCUCUUCAUCAUGGAGCCACUUUGGUGAUGCCUGCUCCUCAGUUCACAGCUCAGUCUUCCCUGAAAACUUUGCAGGAUGAAGCUUGCACAGCAGUGUAUGGUACACCAACAAUGUAUGUAGAUCUAGUAAACCUUGCAAAAAAGUCUGCUCAACCACUCUCCACAAAUCUACAAAUGGCUCUCAGUAGUGGCUCUCCUUGUUCACCUCAUCUGUUCCAGCAAAUAAAAGAAACAUUCAAGCUCAAAAAAGUUUGUUCUGUGUACGGACUUACGGAGACUAGUCCUGUGGUCUUCCAAUCUCUACCUACUGACAAUGAAGAACAUAUGACAAGCACCAUCGGUCAUGUUUCUGAACAUGUUGAGGCAAAAGUUGUGGAUCGGUCUGGUAAAAUGGUUCCUUUGGGCACACCAGGCGAACUAUGGUUGCGAGGCUACUUUUGCAUGUUGGGAUAUUGGGAGGAUAAGGCCAAGACUGAAGAAGCAAUUAGCCCAGAAGGAUGGUUUAAGACGGGAGAUCAAUUUGUAUUGAGAGAAGACGGUUAUGGACAAGUUGUUGGACGUCUCAAAGAUGUCAUCAUAAGAGGCGGAGAAAAUAUUUAUCCAAAGGAAGUUGAAGAAUUUUUAGAGAAGCAUCCUGAAGUUCUUGAGGCUCAGGUAUUUGGACUUCCUGAUGCUCGUCUCGGAGAGGUAGUAUGUGCUUGUUUACGACUGAAGGAGAAUACUGUUGUCAGUGAUGAAGCAAUUAAACAGUUCUGCAAAGGAAAGAUUGCUCAUUAUAAGAUUCCAUUUAUAAUAAAAUUUGUUAGUGAGUUUCCAAAGACAGUGUCAGGGAAAAUACAAAAAUUCCGGUUGAAAGAAAUGGUGAUGAAUGAGCAAGAUUCCAAAAAAUAGGUGAAUUUCAGUAUAAACGUUUUUACUGUACAUUUUUAAUGGUGCGUAUGGCCCAUGUGUAUAUGUUGUUUUAAAUAUACCUUGAUAAUUGAACUUCUUGUGUUUGUGUUCUAGACUUCAGUGUUGUGUAUUUUUAUGUAAAAUUUUAAGACCUAAUUAAUUCAUUAAAUGUAAAUAAAAAGCAACAUCAUUGUUUGGCUUUUUUCUUUCUUGGUGAAAGGAUUUUGUUCUUUUAGGUGUAGAGAGCCUCUCCUUAAUGUUUUCAAAUACUGGAAAGAACGUUGCAUAAUUAUUAAUACGUUUUAUUAGAUGAAUAAUGUUAAAGUCCUGAUUGUUAUGAUGCCAAAGUGGUGAAAUAUAUCAAAAUUUACUUACCU